UUCAAACUCACUUCGGAAAAUUGAAAGAAACGCACAAUUAACUGAGUCAUGACGUCACAUGUGAUAUUAAUGUGAUUUUUCUUGCAAAAGGGAAGCAGUUUAUAAUUCUGUGAAUUGAGUGCAUAGACUUGAGUGUUGACUGUGAAUUGACAUUUUAACUUUAACUUUGAGGUUAUAUUUUUAUAUGAUUUGCAUUUUGCAGUUUGUCAUUAUUUAAGUGUGAAUAUCACGGUGAAACCAGUAAAUUAUAUUUUUACUUCAAUUCAAAAUAUGGCAGAUUAUUUUUCUGAAAUGGGUUGGGCGCCACUGGGCGAGGGAGAAGCUCCAAAUCAUUUAUUACAUUUAGCAAGAUUAUUUAGAGACUAUAAUAUGUUUGAGGAAUUAAAUGUGUUGAACGGCGAGAGACUACCACCUCCAGCGUCGAAAACUGUAGUUGAAACCCUGCCUAAUGAGCAAGUAUCAGAAUUGGGUUCACAAUGUCCCAUUUGUUUAAAGGACCAUGUUAUUGGUGAAAUAGCAAAAAAGUUACCGUGCAAGCAUUUAUAUCACAAUGACUGCAUCAUGCCUUGGCUUUCUAAAACAAAUUCUUGUCCUCUAUGUAGAUACGAGUUGCCUACUGACGACGAAGACUAUGAAGCAUGGAGAAAAGAAAAGAAAAGGGCUAAGGAGAGAGAGGCAGACAUAGAAAAUCUACACAACUCUAUGUUCUCUUAGCACAUUCCUGGCCUUUAAUAAUAUCUCAAAAAGGUUUUUAGCACAAUAUAAUUAAACUAAAUAUGUUUGAAAAAUGUUGAGCACCAUUCCUCUCAUUAAUAAAUAUAUAAAUUUCAUUAUACUUAUUAAUACCUAGUAAUUUUUUGUUAUAAACAUAUAAGUAUAUGGGUGUGUAGGACUUAGAUAAUAUAUUUUGGAUAAAU